AUGGCAGAUAAGAAAAAGAACAGCAACUCUGGGCACUGGAAAGGAAGCAAGCGUGCGAAAGUAGCCCAAGCUUUUUCGCAUUGGACGUGGGCCGAGACUAAGGGCAAGAAGCUUGUUUGUGAUCUGCAAGGUGUACAGCAGAAAGAUGGCACUUGGCUGUUCACGGACCCAGCGGUACACACUCUUCAAGGAGGCUCGGGCCCCACCGAUCUGGGCUUUGCUGGAAUGCAUGCUUUCUUCUAUUUCCACAAGUGCAACGAGAUGUUCAAAGGCCUGCCCAAGCCUGAUAUCCCAUCUUCCCCUCCUCCAUUUCCACAGUGCCGGUCAGAGACCACAUUCUCCUGGGAAGUUGUCGAUGCGUCUUUUUGUGCACGCCAGCAAACUGGAGGCACCUGCUAUGCUCAUGCCUCCGCGACAGUCAUUCGGGCCGCAGAAAGCCGCAUCAUUGGACGCUGCCCUGAAGAUCACGACAGCAUGGUCGAGCGCAUAAUCGGCAAGUAUGGCAAGAACGGUGCAGACCCAAAUAAGGUGUUGAAUGACGAAUGUCCGAAGCUGUGCCUUUCUCACAAUGCCGUAUGCCAGAGUGAGGCCGAAGCAGCGGUACAACGAGGACAUGCAAUUCUGGCCGCAUUCUGGCUUACAGAGGUGGGAUGGGAGUCGUUCUCCAAUUUUUUCAAGAAGAACCCAGAGAAGGUUCUGGAUCACUUGCCUUCCCAGGGCAAGCAUAUUCAUGUUACCAGUGGACAUGCUGUGGUUAUCGUCGGGCAGAAGCCGAACGUUUGGUUCCUCAAAAACUCAUGGGGCCCCCAGUGGGCUGACAGCGGCUACUUCCGCAUCCGCAAGGACGUCUGCAAAGAUAUACGGUAUCAUCACGUCUAUUUCCUAGAGAACAAGCUGACUGAAAAUGACCGGCAGGCAUACGAACGGGUUAAGGUUUAG